CUCGGAGCAAACCAGAGAGGAGAGAUGAAGAUCCCCCCAUCAUUGACUUUGGAGUCUGUUUUGUUUAGUGUCAACACGUGCGACACAUGUGACAGACUGUCCCCUUUCCAGCUUCGUGGUCUCUUCCUGCGCUCGCUGGCUUCCUUCGUCUCUCACUGUCUCUCGAUCUCUCUGCCAAAACCUCCUGACCAUCGAUCCCUGUCUCCUCGGAAACAUACAAAUCUCGAGUAUCUCUCUCUGCGGCUGAGAAGAAAUGUGGAAGGAGGAAUCCUUGGAUUUAGUACUCGUGCCGUCGGGUCUAGCCGUGAUGGUCGCUUACCAUGUCUGGCUAGGCUACACCAUUAUCCACCGUCCCAAGCUCACUGCUGUCUCCCUCAACGCUGAGUCUCGACGACUAUGGGUCUUCUGUAUGAUGGACGAUCCAAUGAAAAAUGGUGUAUUGGCAGUACAGACAAUCAGGAACAACAUAAUGGCAUCAACCCUUUUAGCCACAGCAGCAAUCACUCUCUGUUCCAUCAUCGGCGUCUUCGUAAGCAGCAACUCCUCCGCUUCCGAAUCCACAGCGUCACCUAUCAUAUACGGCGACAAAAGCCCUCUCCUCGCAACCAUCAAGAACUUCUCGAUCCUCAUCUGUUUCCUCAUGGCCUUUCUCUGCAACGUCCAGUCCAUCAGAUACUACGCUCACGUCAGUUUCCUGGUCACUGUGCCUGUCUCCAGAGGGAAGAAAGAGCACUGCGAGUACGUGGCUAGGAACCUCAACCGAGCUCUCUACUUCUGGUUUCUCGGGUUGAGGGCUUUCUACUUCUCCUUCCCGCUGUUCUUGUGGAACUUUGGUCCCAUACCUAUGUUCGUGUGCUGUUGUAUGAUGUCUUCGAUUCUUUAUUUCUUGGACACGACCACUUCUUUUACUAGGCGUCUCCAUAGCCAGUCUUUCGUAGAAACUUCUGAGUCGAUGGACGGUGAAAUCGAAUCAGCUGUUUAUGCUCUGUAGAUUCUUCUCUGAUUCUUUUUUUUGUGGAUUGUUCGUUGAGUUAUAUAUUUUAAGAAUGUUUUUGAAAUGUGAUGUAAUAGCUUUGGCUGCGACUGCCAUUGUUUAUUUGCGUU